CAGCAGCUCCACGCCACUCCUUUGUUUUACGAAAUCGCUUGAAGGACUGGAAUGAUGCAUCGCGUUUCUCUCCCGACUGUUGUUUUUAGAUGCGAACUUUAAGAUUUUGCGUUUAAUUUAGCGGGAUCGUUAGAAGAGCGUUUGGGACCAGACACCUUUAGACGCAUUCGGCAUUUCCAAUGCGUUCAUCCUAUGUGCGUUUAAAUUAUUCACACCCCCACCACCCUUUCAGUGUAACAUUAGCAUAUAUUCUGACCUGCUGAAGCAUUUUAAAGCUCGAUGAUUUUUCUACUCGUGGUUCGAGUCUGUAAUUCGCGUCCAGGCCUGAAACAUUUGCUCUUGAUCAGAGGCCUUUAAUGCAGCACACAUUCAACGUCAGUCUUUAACGGGUUUUAAAGCACCACUGAUUCCUAAACAGAAGGUCUGAUCUUCAUUAAACGCUCAUCAUACGCCACAUCUGCGGACCACUUCAAUGUUAAUGUCGACCGACGUCACAUCUCUAAUGCUGCCCGUGACCCGUGGGAUCAUGGAGCGCGAGACGGAUCUGGACUCCGGUUCGGCUGGAGUUCGGGGGGUGAAACGCGGAGACCCGGAACCGGAGGGUGCCGCAGCGGCGGAGGACUCUGUCGGGGCUGAAUGCAAACGAGCGCGAAUGGACGGUACGGGAGAGAUCGGACAGGGUUCACAGGACACACUGGGGACUCAGGAGGGUCUCGUUCCUCCGUUCUCAAACUUUCCACCCCCUCCCCCUCAGAAUGGUCUGGCACUGGAGUUUGGAGGAGGCAGUAUUUACUCCGCAGGGGGACAGGGGCAAAUGGAGCCACCAGCAGGAGUCAGUACCCCCUCCUCUAACCCCAGCACUCAACUGUCAGAUGGGUCUCCUCAGGCAGAGGUUCAGUGUGUGUCCGCUGGCAGUUCUGGCAGUGAAGAAUCCUCAGAGGCCAAAGGAACCCCAAAACGACUUCAUGUUUCCAACAUACCCUUCCGCUUCAGAGACCCGGACCUGCGGCAGAUGUUUGGGCAAUUUGGGAAGAUUCUGGAUGUGGAGAUCAUUUUCAAUGACAGGGGCUCAAAGGGUUUUGGUUUUGUGACGUUUGAGACCAGUGCAGAUGCAGAGAAAGCGCGAGAGCGGCUGCAUGGGACCAUCGUAGAGGGACGAAAGAUCGAGGUCAAUAAUGCCACAGCUCGAGUGAUGACCAAUAAGAAGUUGGUUAGUCCGUAUGCUAAUGGUGAAGGUCUCAGCACUCUGCCCUAUGCUGGGUGGAAAUUUAGUCCUAUGGUGGGAGCCAUGUACGGACCAGAGCUCUAUGCAGUUCCAGGGUUUCCGUACCCCACCGCUGCGGCUGCCGCAACUACAGCUGCAACAUUCAGAGGGGCGCAUCAUCUGCGAGGUCGCGGGCGGCCAGUGUACGGAGCUGUGCGUGCCGCUGUUCCUCAGUCUGCCAUACCGACCUAUCCCGGAAUAGUGUUUCAGGACACACUCGUUAGUGGCAGAAUGCCUCAGAGUGGCUAUACUACAUAUCGUUACACUCAGCCGGCGGCAGUAGCGGGACCAACAGCAGCGGCAGCAGCAGCAGCUGCCUACAGUGACAGCUAUGGUCGAGUCUAUGCAGCAGAUCCGUAUGCGGCUGCACUAGCGGCUCCGGCAGCGGCAGCGGCCGCGUAUGGAGUUGGAGCGAUGGCGACGCUCUACAGAGGAGGAUACAGCCGGUUUUCGCCAUAUUAAACACCUUCAGUACACUUCCUGAUUCUCUGUCUCUCUGAUACUUCAACAGCUGGUGACCUCGGAGGGAAAAUUCAAAUCACACUUUUGGAAAACAAAAUUCGAAUGAAUGAAUGUUACGAAUGAAACUUUAAAUAAGGAAUGCAACCAUCAAUCAAUACAUCAAAGAAAGUGGAUUUUUUACAAAGGAAACACGAUAAUGUCGAACACUAAAUGGUAUCAGAGAUAUCUGACUGAAACUGCUUGACUGAUGAACUCAAAUCAUUUCUUCCUUCGGCUCAUCUCUCAGCACAUAUGCAUGCAGUAAUGGCUUUAAGACUGCCUCUAGUGGCCAUUGAACUACUUGUGCACAGGGUGUCAGGACUGCAAUGAAUAAAGUUGUACGUCACCGUCACUGUUUCAUACUACAAUAAUUAUCGAUAUUCUUUAAGAAACGUAAGAGACAUUCAUCUGGGCGCUCUGUUUGUGGUUAAAUCAUUUUGAAAUACGUGGAUCCGAUCGGCACUGUGCGGGAGGACGAUGCUAUUAUUCCAAACACAGCAACAUGAUGAGAGACACGCACCAUGGUCUUCCUUUCUCUGUGAAGAUCUUGGAUGAAAGGAAACGCCAACAGCUGUUACAAAUCACAGAACUUUGCACACAAACGGGACGAUGUGUCAUAAUAUUCCAUCUUGCUGAAAGCUUUGUGUUCUUAAAACCGUACCUCCAUUCAGACCAUUUUGAAGAGGCAUACCUUUAAAAUGAAAUUUUAAUUAUAUUUAAUGUCAUUAUAUGCAAGUAAACUAGAAUAGACACAAAAUUUUACCAAACAUUAUUAUUAUUAAUUAUUAUUAUAGUCAUUAGUUUCUCAUGGUUAUGCGUGUUGGCUUUGAAGAAGGGGAAGAACACAAUCUGAACCUGCAUGAAUACACAAAAGACGCCAACACAGACGGAAUGACUAUAGCAAGUAUUUAAAUUAUGCUAAGAAAAUAUGUACUUUUUUUUUUUUUGUCAGACUUUGGAAUUGAAGAGCCCUUCUUGAUGAAUACAAAAGCUCUUUUAUUAGCAUAGUUUUGUAAAAUAUGCAAGUUUCAGCCCAAAUUUCAAAGAAGAGAGAUGGUGGAUAAGAAAAUUGACUAUUUUAAAGGAGAACUACUUAGUAUUUUUAUUUUCAUCAUCUUUGCAGUGUCCUCUUUCCCUUCAGUAUAUUGGUAUUUUUGCUUUUUUUGCAUUUUGGUUCCAAAGAUGAGUCAAGCACAUACUUGUUCGUGUGUAAACGUAUUUGUAAUUCUAUUGUUUGAUGUAUUUUUUGUAUCAAUAGUUUUUUGAUAUUGUUUGAAGUGGCUCAUUGAUUAUUUAAAAAAAGGCUGGAUAUGGAAUUGCUGCAUCAUCGUUUAACAGUCCAAGAAUGCCGGCUGGUCACAUGACCAGUUUCUUUAUAUGUGAAAACAUAUAUUUUGUUUUUUGCAGGACAUCCGUUUCAGUAGAUAGAAAGUUCUAGGUGUGUUUCCUGGUGAAGGACUGAAAACAUUUUGCCAUUUUAGAGUUUCAGAAUUAGUUUCACCACAACAAUUUGUGUGGAGGAGGGAUGUUCUGUUGACGCUAAGAGUCUGAAAUGUUGUACUGGGCCUCAAUCUGACCACAACACUAAAUGAGAAUGCAUUUUUGUUUGUUUUGCUUUUCUUUUUUGUUCAAAAGGUACUUUGCAGUCUAUGCAUACAUUUUCCACAGUAUUAUAUGAGAUUGAAAUAUCUCAGUACCUAAAUUCUGGCUUUUAAAGAUGCUUUUGAAAAAGACACUUCUCUUCUUCUGUCCGUUUCCCCUGUAGCAGCUGCACUGUUGGUGCCGUUUCAGGUAACUUUGACUUCAACAUGGAGAUGGAAUUCUUGAAUGACAGUUUGUCUCCUGAGGAUGGAGUGAACCAUCUGAAAUCCCCUCCAUUCGUGCAGUAAAGGAUUAAAGGUGGCAUCUCUUAUUUUCCAUUCUUGCACCUUAUUAAUAUGAUGCCUGUUCCACAUACUCUCCUUUGGUUUACAGUGUAACCGUGUUUUUGAGUUGAACUCUUUAUCUCUCUAAAUAUUCUGAUUCCAUUUGUGAUGUAAUUUGUAUCUGAAUGUCUUAUAAACUUUUUUUUUUUUUAAACAAUCACUUGAGUCUUUAAUUUUUAGAUUAUUUUCCAUUGAAUGCUAGUUUAAAGGUAAUUAGGAGAUGUUAUCAACUGAUCUGAGGUGAAUAAUAAUGUCAAAUAAUUUAAUUGAUCUAACUACUUAGUGUUUUUUAUGGUAGUUUCACAGUGACUGUUCAAUGUCACUUAAUGCAGACUUGACUAUAGAUAACUCACACAUCAUUACUGUCAUUGCUCGCUCAGUACUCUCAUUUUAAUUGACGAACUUAUUCAAAGUGAUUAAAUUUUUAAAAGUAAAAGUGGUUGACAGCAUCCCUAUGCACAUAGUAGGUGACUUACAGUUGGUUUUCAUG